CAUAACACUGGAGUGGUGACAAGAGGUAGCAGGGCAAAACAAAUGUCCCAGCCAGUUUCUGGUGCAGUGUGAUAUUGUAGGGGAAGCCGCCUCUAGUCUGGAUAACUAAGUUAGUGUUGACGUGAGGUUUGAUCUCUGGAAGAUUGGUCAAUUCCUCUUUCUGAGCAUUGAAGUGAACGGAAAAGAGAAUUCAGAUUGUCAUUGAUAACACAAAGACGAAGCAGCCCUUGUGGAUUGAUUGAGGGCAGAAGAUUGGGCUUCAAGAAGAUAUUCACAUUCUGUUAAGGUGACUGCGAUCUGAGGCUCCUCGCUGAGGGAGACUGGUCUCUGUCAUUGAGGUUUUAGGCAGGCACGCUAUUCCAAUUCUGCAGCUAUGGGGCAGGCAGUGAGUGAUGCGAAUAAAGGGGAAAUCGGUGUUGCUGAGCUGCAAGACUUGUACAAGAAGUUUGUGACUGAAUGUCCCAGCGGAACACUUUUCUUUCACGAAUUUAAGCGUUUUUUUGGAGUUUUAGACAAUGAGGAAGCAGCUGAAUAUAUCGAAAACAUGUUUCGGGCAUUUGAUAAAAAUGGGGACAACACAAUUGAUUUCUUGGAAUAUGUUGCGGCACUCAAUUUGGUUUUAAGAGGCAAUCUGGAGCACAAACUGAAAUGGACUUUCAAAGUUUAUGACAAAGAUGGAAAUGGAUGCAUUGAUAAAACAGAACUGUUGGAGAUUGUGGAGUCCAUUUAUAGAUUAAAGAAGGCUUGUCAUCAAGAAUCAGAAGAAGGGUCUGUGCUGUUAACUCCAGAAGAGGUUGUGGACAGAAUAUUUCAGUUAGUGGAUGAAAAUGGUGAUGGCCACCUUUCAUUGGAUGAGUUUAUUGAUGGAGCACGGAGAGACAAGUGGGUGAUGAAAAUGUUGCAGAUGGAUAUGAAUCCAGGCAGCUGGAUGACUGAUCAGAGACGCAAAAGCGCUUUAUUUUAAACAUGUAUCAAUGUACAUGUAAAUAAGUAAAUGCAGGGAACAAAAGGCACAAGCAAUGAUAUAACAUUAUACCUACUUCACUUUGAAAAGAUGUAACAUAACCUUUCUCCAUAGAACAUUUGUGACGCAGAGGAGGGACAAGCUUAAGAAAGUUAGAGAUUAAUUCUGUAUCUUUCAGAUAUGUGGCCUUUUUAGAAGCAUUUGGUCCCCUAACUAGAUAUUAUAAUUAGGUAGGUAAAAACAAUGACUGCAGAUGCUGGAAACCAGAUUCUGGAUCAGUGGUGCUGGAAGAGCACAGCAAUUC